AACGUGGUCCGUUAGUCAGCUUCUCCCCCGGCCAACGGCUGCCGUCGGCUCUGCGAGACAUGUCUGCUACCACUAGAGAAUGUCCUUUUCCCGACAGCAUAAAUUGGGACUCUUCUAUCCCUAUAUGCAAGUGGAAUGACGGGAUGGGGCGAAAAACAGCAGAGAAACUAUUUCAGAAGAGCUGGUUUAGUGCGAGUAGUAUUCCUGGUGAAUAUCUGGCCUGGGUUCUAGGUUCCCCAGUGAGUGUGUGGGCCUGAGUUCUAG